GAAGGAGGAAAAGGGGUCAUCUCUAUAGACGUCUCGCGUCUUGAAACGUUUUGGAUUUCUGACAUUCUGAAUUCAAAGUUGACGGAAGUUUACCUAUGACAUAUGGAGCUAACUUGAUCGACCGACUUUUUAUUGAUAAUUAGAUCUUGCCAUCGGGAUCUAUUGAGAUGAAAAUCUAUAACCGAUUCAAAAAAUUGCAAAGAAAGAGAUUUAACACGCCUGUUACCAAUGUCUCGCAAACUAAAGGCAAAGCAACAAAGAAAAGGAACAGUCACUGUUGGACGAACGUUCCCGAGCCGUGCGAAAGUGAAGAUCUUACAGCAGUGGCAUCAAAAAUAAAAAAGGAGUGGCAGUCAGCUAAAAAGGAUCAUGAAAAAAGUCAGGUGUUGAUGGCUGCAUGCUAUGCUUCAAGGAGAUCACUUGUCUUGGAAGACGUCAGAAGAAUAGUGGAAGUUGUUGAAAUGUUCCCUCCUUUAAAAAAUCUGCUAUACAUCAAGGCUGAAUUUGCAAAAGUUAUGGGGAAUAAAGACGUAGCUACACAGGUAAACGAAAACUUCAACAAAGUCUGGCGUCACAGGCUGUUGGCAUAUGCUGAGAAAAACGGUGGUAAACAUUCAGAAGACUUGAAAAGAAUGCACAAUGCCAUUGACAGUGGUAUCCUUGAAGAAGGCGAAUGUGCUGGUAGAGCAGCUAUCGAAAUCGCUCAAAUUGUCUUCAAGCAGCCAAACAGCAGGAGGACGCCUCAUGUUAAAGAAGCUGUUAUCAAAGUUGUUAAGAAUGGCGCUUUCCUUGAUGAAAAAAUAAAACCUCAAAUUCAACCUUGUAUUUUGGUAGUGGAUGACCUUUAUCAAAGUGACAUUAUAUAUGUGGUGGCAGAAGGAAUAGUUUUGUGCCAUGUCACAACCAAAAAGAUUGGCGAUGCUCUGGUUGCUUUGUUGGCCACGUACCAUAUGUACAAUAUAAAAUACAUUGAAGGCAUGAAUGUCCAUAGCUUUCUUGACAUGGCAUUAUUGGGAAUUAUCCCUGAGAAGUGUCCAUCUUCUGUGAAAAGUUUAGUUGGAGUGUUAUCAAAUGUGUUCAACUAAUCAUGAAUGCAUAUGGCUAUAUAGAUUAUGUUUUAUUUCAAUUCUUUUUCUGAAGUUUAAUUUGAGUGAGAUAAAAAUAUGUGCAUGUAAAGUAUUUUAAUGAAGGUGUUAAGCACUUAUGUGCUUACGUAUAUUAUACGAGUCUUGUUUAUUGUAAGCUUUCA